AAAUAAACAAUUUGUUCUCAUCCAAAAACCAAAACUAUUUUUAUAUUUAUAUAUCAAAAAUAUAAUUAUAUUCAUCAUCAUCAUAUCAUUCAUCAGCACAACAAUGGCCGAAUUUUCUCUUCCCAAGGACUCUUAUUUUCUCGGAUUUGACAGUUCUACACAAUCGUUAAAGGCAACAGUUUUGGAUUCAAAUCUCAAUAUCAUUGCUUCUGAAUUGAUUCACUUUGAUUCAGACUUACCCCAUUACAAAACCAAAGAUGGGGUAUACAGAGACCCUUCUAUCAAUGGCAGAAUUGUUUCACCAACAUUGAUGUGGGUGGAAGCUCUUGAUCUCAUUUUUCAAAAGCUUUCUAAAUCAAAUUUGGAUUUUUCCAAAGUUUCAGCUGUUUCUGGCAGUGGACAACAACAUGGUAGUGUUUAUUGGAAAAAUGGUAGUUCUAAAAUAUUGUCAUCCUUGGAUCAUAAGAAACCGUUGUUGGAACAGCUUGAGAAUGCUUUUUCCAUUAAGGAAUCUCCAAUUUGGAUGGAUUGUAGCACUACUAAUGAGUGUAGGGCAAUAGAGAAAGCUUGUGGUGGUGCUUUUGAGCUGGCUAAAGUGACGGGAUCACGUGCUUAUGAACGAUUUACGGGCCCUCAGAUUAAAAAUAUAUUUGAUCAUCAGCCAGAUGUAUAUAAUAACACUGAAAGGAUCUCGCUCGUUAGCUCGUUUAUGGCGUCGCUUUUUAUUGGUUCUUAUGCUGCUAUUGAUCAUUCUGACGGUGCAGGCAUGAAUUUAAUGGACAUCAAGAAAAAGGCUUGGUCUAAAGUUGCACUUGAGGCAACUGCCCCUGGUUUGGAGUCAAAACUUGGAGAUUUGGCUCCUGCAUAUGUUGUUGCUGGAAAGAUUGCUUCGUAUUUUGUAGAGAGGUAUCACUUUAACAAGGAUUGCUUGGUUGUUCAAUGGUCAGGAGACAACCCUAACAGUGUGGCAGGUCUGACUCUAAAUAUUCCAGGAGAUCUUGCCAUCAGCCUUGGCACUAGUGACACGGUAUUUAUGAUCACUAAAGAUUCUAAUCCAGGAUUAGAGGGACAUGUUUUCCCUAGUCCGGUUGACGCUGAAGGUUACAUGGUCAUGUUAGUUUACAAAAAUGGGUCCCUUACCCGAGAAGAUGUGCGUAACAGUUAUGCAGAAAAAUCUUGGGAUACUUUCAAUAAAUUUCUGCAGCAAACACAGCCUUUGAAUGGUGGAAAGUUAGGUUUCUACUACAAGGAGCAUGAAAUUCUGCCUCCUCUUCCAGUUGGUUACCACCGCUAUGUUAUAGAAAAUUUCUCAGGCGGAUUGGAUGGAAUGAAGGAGCAGGAGGUGAAGGAGUUUGAUCCUCCAUCCGAGGUACGGGCUUUAAUUGAGGGUCAAUUUCUCUCAAUGCGAGCUCAUGCUGAAAGAUUUGGUAUGCCUUCUCCUCCAAAGCGAAUUAUAGCCACUGGUGGAGCAUCAGCCAAUCAUUCCAUCCUCAGCUCAAUAGCCUCAAUUUUUGGCUGUGAUGUUUAUACAGUUCAAAGACCUGAUUCAGCUUCUCUAGGAGCAGCAGUGAGAGCUGCUCAUGGCUGGCUCUGCAACAAGAAGGGUGGCCACUUACCAAUAUCAGAUAUGUACAUGGAUAAAUUGGAGAAAACGUCUCUAAGCUGCAAACUUUCAGCUAGUGCUGGAGAUCAGGAGGUGGUUUCCAAGUACGCCACUAUCAUGAAAAAGAGAACUGAGAUAGAGAACCAUCUGGUUCAAAAGCUUGGACGUUGUUGAAAUAUUUAACUUGCUAUUUUGGUCCAAAUUCUUUGUUGUAAAGGAAAAGUCCUUCGUUGCUGAGUUUUCUCAUCUUCCGUGAAUAGAAUAAAGUGAUUACAACCCCACAAAAAAAAGGUAGGUGAUUACAGAAUUGUAAUAAGCAUUACAAAUAAGGUUUUGCCAUUGUUCCUAGUCUGUGAAUUUGAUUUCACUAAGCUGAAGAAAGAUAUACAUUAUAGUGCAAAAAAAUUCUGUAAGGCGAGGAGGGUCCGUAAGGCAUAAAUACAAUUUUAUGGUAUGGUGGUUAGUGACUCAUCUGUCUAACUAUGGUUAGUAAAAUGGGAUGGCCAUUAUUUAUAAGUUCUUGUCACAUGUAAGGCAAAGCCUACCAGAAGUAUCGAUGAAUAAAUUUUUUGGUGCAAAGAACCAAGAAUUAUAA